CAGGCCGCAUGGCUCUCACAAUUGACACGUCCACAAAGCAGAAGGAACUGACACAGACACCACUGCUCAAGAUAUGGGUGCCAUGGAUGGGCAACAACUUGAAUCGCAGGAGAGGAUCAUCAGUACCACAGCUUUGCAACUCCCCCACCAUGAUAGUGAUGGUGGGACUGCCGGCCAGAGGGAAAACCUACAUCUCAAAGAAGCUCACCAGAUACCUCAACUGGAUCGGGGUUCCUACCAAAGUGUUUAAUGUGGGUCAGUACCGUAGAGAGGCCGUCAAGACCUACAAAAACUUUGAAUUCUUCAAACCUGACAAUGAAGAGGCCAUGAGCAUCCGCAAGGCUUGUGCAGCGGCUGCCCUUAAAGACGUGGCAGCUUACUUCUCAAAGGAACAGGGUCAAGUAGCCGUAUUUGAUGCCACCAAUACCACAAGGGAGAGGAGGGCUGUCAUAUUGAGCUUUGCCAAGGAGAAGGGCUACAAGGUGUUCUUUGUGGAAUCGAUCUGUGAUGACCCAGACAUUAUUGCAGAGAAUAUAAAGCAAGUGAAAUUUGGGAGUCCGGAUUAUGUGGAUCGCGACACAGAUGAAGCGUUGCAAGACUUCAUCCAACGCAUUGAGUGUUACAAGGCAACCUAUGUGUCUAUAGAUGAUGAGAAAGACAGGAAGCUCUCCUACAUAAAAAUCUUCAACGUGGGGAGUAGAUACCUGGUGAACCGGGUCCAAGACCACAUCCAGAGCAGGAUAGUCUACUAUCUGAUGAAUAUUCACGUCACGCCACGCUCCAUCUUCCUGAGCCGUCACGGAGAGAGUGAACUCAACUUAUUAGGUUGCAUCGGUGGAGAUUCAGGCCUCUCCCCCAGGGGCCACAAGUAUGCUAAGGCCUUAUCAGCCUUUAUCAAGGGCCAGAAUAUCAAUGACCUGAAGGUGUGGACCAGUCAUAUGAGAAGGACCAUCCAGACUGCAGAGGCUCUGGGAGUCCAGUAUGAACAGUGGAAAGCUCUCAAUGAGAUUGAUGCUGGUGUAUGUGAGGAGCUAACCUAUGAGGAGAUUCAAGAAAAUUUCCCAGAAGAGUUUGCACUGCGAGACCAGGACAAGUAUCGUUAUCGCUACCCCAAGGGUGAGUCAUAUGAGGACCUCGUUCACCGUCUGGAGCCCGUCAUCAUGGAGCUGGAGAGGCAGGAGAACGUUUUAGUAAUCUGCCACCAAGCUGUAAUGCGUUGCCUGCUGGCCUACUAUCUAGAUAAACCUGCCGAUGAGCUGCCAUACCUAAAAUGCCCUCUUCAUACGGCGCUCAAACUCACACCAGUAGCCUAUGGGUGCAAAAUUGAGCAGUUUUACCUUAAUAUCGAAGCAGUCAACACACAUAGAGAAAGGCCUGUGAAUGUCGACAUCAACAGAAACCCAGAGGAUGCCCUGACGACUGUUCCUGACCACGUAUGAAGGCUGACUGGGAGACAUGGACUCUUAUUACAUGGGAUAAAACCCUAUUUACUGAUUUAACUUUUUCUUCCAACUAAUACAACUUCAAUUCAGUGUAUACCUUUUUGUAAGAAAAGUUAAUGGCAUGAGGGGUUGGAAGCCCAAUAAGAGAAGAAAGGUGAAGACAAGGGAGAGCCUUGAAAAUUGACCUAUCCUUUUGCUCACACACAGUCUCUGUGAAAUGGUCAACUAAGGACUCAUUUCUGUUUCACAGAAAAGGAUGAACUCCAACCUUGGGGUAAAAAGGUGUAUUUUUGGCAUGUUUGUAUAAUGUUGACUGUGUCUGACUGUAAUUUCCUUUCCAUACACUUGAAAGGUGUUGUAUUUUUUUGUCAAUUUUGCUAAAAAAAAGAAGAAGUGAUUGUGCAAUGCAUUGAGGUCAAAAGACAAAGGGAAACAUGAAAUAAUGUACUUGAUUGUGGCUGUUUCUUUAGUGGGGCCUGCAUCCUUGAUACUGACGUAAUUAACCCGCAAUAUGUUUUUUCGGAUUUAAUUAUUUUCCAAGGGUAAAAAAUCAGCACCAUGGAUAGAACUCAAACGUGUGUGUGUGUGUGUGUGUGUGUGUGUGUGUGUGUGUGUGUGUGUGUGUGUGUGUGUGUGUGUGUGUGUGUGUGUGUGUGUGUGUGUGUGUGUGUGUGUUUGGAAAGGGGUAGGCUCUUAAGAUUGUAUCUGUAGGCUCUGUACCUUAAAUAAGAUGCCUAACGCCAACUACAACAAAUGGGUUUGAGUACAUACAGGAAAUAAAAAUCAAAUGACAA